CACCCGUGGUUUCUACAGGAAAUGAGACCACGAAGCAAAAACGUCAUUGAAUCUCGCGUGUUUUGAGAAGAAACCAUAACAAGUCCAAACAUAUCUGCUAAAAGAUAAGCAUGGACGUCAGGCUUAGUGAAGGAACGAUAGAGGAUAUAAACAAAGACACCUGUAUUGCCAAUGCGUUACUCCAGGUCGUGAACCUGCGUCGGAUCGAUGGGCCCACUACCCGCUAUCGUCUCAUGAUGAGUGACGGCCGGCACUCCUUCUCCUCCUUCAUGCUGGCCUCCCAGUUGAACCGUUUGGUUGACGAGGGCCAUCUGGAGAUCCACUGUGUGUGCAAUGUGAAGAAGACGGCCACGAAUACAAUCAAAGAUGGGAGACAAGUGGUGAUAAUCCUAGAAAUGGACGUGGUGAAAUCAGCGAAGGACAUCGGGGGGAAGAUAGGAUCGCCCACUCCUUACCUGGGCGGCCAGACCAGCUCUCCCCAGAAGGCUGCCCAGAUCUUAUCUUCUCCUGCUCGGGCCCUUGCCCCUCCUUCUCCAGCACCUCCACAGAGCCCCCCUACUGCCUCCUCUUCGAGGGGGGGCUACGGCAGAGGCUACGGCAGGGGGAAGAAGACGGCGUCGGUGGGUCCCUUGUCUCCAGGGCCGUCCCCAACCAAACCGGCCAAAAUGGUCCCCAUCGCCAGCCUCAACCCGUACCAGUCCAAGUGGACCAUCAGAGCCCGCGUCACCAACAAGAGUUCCAUCCGCACCUGGAACAACUCCCGGGGAGAGGGCAAGCUCUUCUCCUUCGAGAUCGUCGACGAGAGCGGGGAGAUCCGGAUCACAGCCUUCAACAAGGAGGUGGACAAGUUCUUCUCACUGGUAGAGGCAGGGAAGGUGUACUACAUCUCCCGGGCGACGCUGAAGGUGGCCAACAAACAGUUCAACCCCUUGAAGAACGACUACGAGAUGUCCCUCCACGCCGACUCCUCCAUCCUGCCCUGCGACGACAGCCGGGAGGUUCCCAUCGUGCAGUGCCACUUUGUGCCCAUCGCGGAGCUGGAGAACCGAGACAAGGACGCCAUCCUCGCCUCCUCCCCUCAGGGUGGACUGAGUGCGGUGGCUCGUGUCAGGGUCUCCGUGGUGGACAUCAACGACAACCGCCCCUCCUUCUACCCCGUCACCUACACCGUCAGCCUCAGCGCGCACAGUCCCCCGGGCACCUCCGUCGUCAAGGUGACCGCCAACGACCCCGAUGCCGGCGACAACGGCAAAGUGACCUAUCGCGCCCUGCCCGGCGGAGGCUCCGCCUUCUUCACCCUCAACAAGGACACAGGCGUGAUCUCUCUCUCCCGCUCGCUGCACGGCAAGGCCAACACGGUGAUCUCCAUGGUGAUCUCGGCGCAGGACGGGGGCGGCCUGACGGCGCCGGCCAACGCCAGGGUGAACGUGAGCGUGGUGGCGGGCUCGGUGGCGCCCCCUGUGUUCGAGCAGGCGCAGUACUUCUUCACCGUGUCCGAGGACGUGUUGAGGGGGACCGAGGUCGGGGUGGUCCGCGCCAGCAAGACAGGAGGGCCCAAGGACGUCUCCUACUCCAUCUCCUCCGGCGACCCCGACGGCUUCUUCACCGUGGACCCCUCCUCCGGCGCCCUCCGCACCGCCCUCCCCCUGGACCACGAGGCUUUAGCCAGCCUGGACCUGGAGGUGCAGGCCCGCAGCGGCUCCCCGCCCGCCUUCGGCACCGCCCGCGUGCGCGUCGCCGUCUCCGACGUCAACGACAACGCCCCCUCCUUCCUGCCCUCCUCGUCCGAGUCCCUCCUCCUCCCGGAGGUCACCAAGAUGGGCACCGUCAUCUACCGCGUGCAGGCCGCCGACCGCGACUCGGGCCCCAACGGCCAGCUGAGCUUCGACCUGGCGUCCGCGGGAGCGGCGGGCUCCGGCGGAGGCGGGCAGAGGACGUUCGGGGUGGACCGCGGCAGCGGCGAGCUGCGUCUGAUCGGGACGCUUUCCUACGAGAGCGCCCCGCGCUACGACCUCCAGGUGGUGGCGAAGGACGGAGGGGCGCCCCAGCUGAGCUCCACCUUCACCCUGGUGGUGCACGUCCAGGCGCAGGACGCCCAGGGCCCCGCCUUCGACACGCUCACCUACCGGGUGGAGCUCCGCGAGAACACGGCGCUCAGCACCCGCUUCCUCCAGGUGCGGGCGCUGAACCGGGAGGCCGGCGGCGGGAACGGCAACGGCGGGAGCUCGUCCGCGUCCUCGCCCGUCACGUAUCGCCUGCGGCCGGACGGCGACGCAGCCGGGUUCGGCGUGGCGCCGGACAGCGGUUGGCUGUUUGUACGCAGCUCGCUCGACCGCGAGGCCAAGGACAUGUACCUGCUGACGGUGCUGGCCACGUCGGGGAGGGGCGCGGCCGGGCGGACGGGCAGCGCCACCGUGAGGGUGACGGUGACGGACGAGAAUGACAACGCGCCGAAGCUGAGCCAAGACCGGGUGUUCCUGGCGGUGCGGGAGAACCUUCCGGCGGGGAUGGGCUUCGGGAGGGUGUCGGCGACGGAUCGCGACGCGGGUCAGAACGCCCGCCUCUCCUACAGACUACUGCACACAGACAGGCACUUCCAGAUCAACUCCCAGACAGGUGAGAUCAGUACCCGGGUGAACCUGGACAGGGAGCAGCAGUCCAGCUACCAGCUGGUCAUCGUGGUCCAGGACGGAGGCACGCCCCCUCGCAGCGCCACGGGCACCGCCCACAUCACCGUCCUGGACGAGAACGACAACGCCCCCAGCUUCAGCCACGGCCACCCUGACAAGGAGCUGCUGCUGCAGGUGAUGGAAGGCCUCUCCUCAGGCUCCGUGCUGGGGACGGUGACAGCGAAGGACCCGGACGAGGGCGAGAACGGCACCGUCUACUACUCCCUGUCAGGUUCCAGAGCAGAGCGUUUCUCCCUCAACCCCUCCACGGGGGAGCUCCGCUCCUCCUCCCCCCUCAGGAGGCUGGAGCGGGCGGAGUACACCUUCACCGUGACCGCCUCCGACCAUGGAGCACCCGGCCUGAGCUCCACCUGUCUCCACCUUCUCCAGGUCCUCGGCACCUCCAAGUCCGCCCCCAAGCCCAACACCCUCUCCAUGACCCUCAGCACCGUGGAGGGCUCCGCCCCCGGCUCCGUCAUUGGCUCCGUCCGCUCCCGCGACCAGCGAGAGCCCGUCCCGUCGGAGGGCCAGGUCACCUACCUGGUGGUGGGCGGGACCGACCGCGAGGGCACCUUCAUGGUGGAACGCUCGUCCGGAGACGUGUACCUGGUGAGGGAGCUGGACUACGAGGAGGGCUCCCGCUACACGCUGCACGUGGAGGUGUCCGACUUCUCGCGGGACUUCCCCGCCAGCCACCGCGUGCAGCUGGACAUCUACGUGCAGGACAGCAACGACCACGCCCCCCAGUUCACCGAGGAUCCCGUCACCGUGGUGAUCCCGGAGAACGCAGAGCCCGGCUCCUCCGUCUACACCUUCCAGGCCUCCGACAAGGAUGGGAGCGGGCCUAACAGCGAGGUGCAUUACUCCAUCGAACACCGCUGGCCCGAAACCCCCGACCUCCUGACCCUCGACCCCUCCACGGGCGUCCUGACCCUGGGCCAGAGCCUGGACCGCGAGACCACGCCCUCCCUCUACCUGGUGGUGCGGGCGACGGACUCGGCGACGGACCCGGCGCAGCGGCGCUGGGGCUCGGUGACGGCGAGGCUGUUUGUGACGGACGUCAACGACAACGCGCCUCUCUUCAGCUCGCCCUCCGCCGUCAGCGUCAUGGAGGACCAGCCCGUGGGGUUUGUGGUGGUGUACGUGAUGGCCCGAGACGAGGACGAGGGAGAGAACGGGCGCGUGUCGUACCGCAUCCAAUCAGGGAACAGCGCCGGACGCUUCCAUCUCAACCCCAACACCGGUUCUCUCUCCAUCCUCAAACCUCUGGACCGGGAGGAGCAGGAAGUCUUCAACCUGACGGUGGUGGCGGAGGACCACGGCGUCCCGCAGCUCUCCUCCUCCCAGGUGGUGUGCGUGCAGGUGAUCGACGUGAACGACGAGCCGCCGCUCUUCCAGCGGGCCGAGUUCGAGGCGCAGGUGACGGAGAACCAGGGAGCGGGAACGGUCGUCCUCGCCGUCACCGCCACCGACCGUGACCAGGGCUCUAAUGGUCAGGUGACCUACGGAGGACUGACAGAGGAAGGAUUCACCAUAGACCCCAGCACAGGUGUCAUCACUAUCACCAAGACCCUGGACAGAGAGAUGCAGGAACACUACACACUCACAGUCUACGCCAAGGACGGCGGCCUGCCUCCUAACUUUGCCAAGGCGGUGGUGCGCGUGUCGGUGCAGGACGAGAACGACAACGCCCCGGCGUUCGGCCGGCCCUGGUACACCCUGGAGGUCCCGGAGAACCAGCCCGCCGUGGAGCUCUGCACCCUCAGGGCCAGCGACCCCGACACAGGGGCCAAUGGCGACCUGGAGUAUAGGAUCACCGCCGGAGACCCCAACGGGGACUUCCGCCUCCACGCCAGCUCGGGGGCCCUGUCCACGUCCCGACCCCUGGACCGCGAGAGGAAGGCCGGGUACACCCUGGUGGUGACGUCCCUGGACCGGGGCAGCCCCCCCCUGAGCGGCACGGCCACGGUGGAGGUCACCGUCCUGGACGUGAACGACAACAGCCCGGCGUUCGCCGCCGGCAGCUUCAGCGUGGACGUGUCUGAGGACGCCGCCGAGGGCUCCCUGGUCCUGGAGGUGACGGCCACGGACGCGGACGAGGGCCUGAACGGGCGGGUGCUGUACUUCCUGAGCCGCGAGGCCAGGGGGGCGUUCGCCGUGGACGAGAAGAGCGGCCGCGUCGCCACGACGACGCCGCUGGACCGGGAGAAGAGGGCCUCGUACAGCUUCCAGGUGUUCGCUGUGGACCUCUCCCCUGCGGCGCCGCGCAACACCUCCGCUCAGGUGACGGUCACCAUCCAGGAUGUCAACGACAACGCCCCUUUCUUCAUCCAGGACCCCUUGGUGGUGGAGGUCUCGGGCCUCCAGUCCCAGCGCGUCGUGGCCACCAUGAGAGCCGAGGACAAGGACUUCGGCGCCAACGGCUCCGUGUUCUACCGCUUCGCCGCGCCGGCGAGGGGCUUCAGCAUCAACUCCCUGACGGGGGAGAUCCAGGCCACGGAGCCUCCGGGCGGGCUGACCCAGGUCCAGAGGACCCUGCUGGUGGAGGCCAUGGACCAGGGCAGCCCGGCCCAGUCCUCCCUGGGGGUGGUGGUGGUCUACGUGAGGGAGCAGCAGUAUCAGGGGAUCCGCUUCUCGCGCAACGCCAGGGAUGUCAGCAUCCAGGAGAACGCCGAGCAAGGCACAGCAGUAGCGCAGGCCCAGGCCCAGUACCCCGACGGCACCCGCAGCGGCAUCAGCUACAGCCUCUUCAGCGGCAACCGGGAGCACGCCUUCAGGAUCAGCUCGGCCACGGGGGAGAUCUGGGUUCAGAGCCCCAAGGGGCUGGACUUUGAGGACACGCCCCGACUACGCCUAGUGGUGAAGGCUGAGACGGCCUCCUCCACGUCCUACAUGGCGGUCAACCUGAUCCUGCAGGACGUCAACGACAACCUGCCUCGCUUCCAGCUGCAGAACUACGUGGCCUACAUGAGGGAGGCCCAGGGAUACGAGAUGCCUAUCAUACAGGUUGUGGCUGAGGAUGUGGACCAGGGGCAGAACGGUCAGGUGACCUACUCCAUCCAACAGUCAGGCGGCAUGAGCGGCCUGUUCAAGAUCGACCCCGUGACGGGAAGCAUCACCACGGCGGCCAUCAUGGACCGCGAGAUCUGGACCCAGGCCAGGCUGGUCAUCACGGCGACAGACAAAGGCAGCCCCCGAUUGGCUGGCUCGGCCACUCUGACGGUGAUUAUUGUCGACCAGAACGACAACAGUCCCACCAUCCCCCUCCCCCGGGAGAUUCGCAUCCCAGAGAACACCGUCAUCGGCACGGAGAUCACCUUGGUGACGGGCAACGACGUGGACUCCAGCCCCGCCCUGGCGUACUCCCUGCAGCUGGACCCCUUGUCGCUGGGCCGCUUCGGCAUCCACCGCUACAGCGGCGGCGUGUCGCUGACGGGCGCCCUGGACUUCGAGGAGAGGACCUGGUACACGCUGACCGUGAGGGCCACGGACUCCCAGCACCAGACGGAGGCCAACAUCACCAUCCUGGUGGAGGACAUCAACGACAACGCGCCCACCUUCACUCAAGACCUCUACCAGAUAACGCUGCCUGAACACAGCCCACCAGGAAGCGUAGUUGUCACGGUAACGGCAACGGACAGCGACUCGGGGGAGAACGGAAAGGUCACCUAUCGCGUGAUGUCAUCGACGCAGGAGGGAUUCUACAUCGACCCCAGCAAUGGGACCCUGUUCAUCAACCAGAGGGCAGAGUUCGACCCCGAGAAAGCGUCCGUCAGCGUGGUCAUCGAGGCUCGCGAUGGGGGCUCCCCCACUCUCUCCUCCCUCACCACCGUCCAGGUUCACCUCUCCGACGUCAACGACCACGCCCCUGUCUUUCACCAAUCAGAGUACAGGGCCACCGUGUCUGAGGAUACUAUCGCCGGGGCGACCAUCUUGACCCUGGAGGCAUUCGACGCCGACCUCUCUAGGGAGAACUGUGGCUUUGACUUCGCCAUCGCCAGCGGCAACGGCGGCAACGCCUUCCAGAUCGAAAGCAGCGUGCGCUUCCUGGAGGGCCGCGGCUUCCAGACCGUGGGGACCCUCGUAUUGGCCGAGGGGCUGGACUUUGAAGCCACGCCCGUUUACAACCUCACUGUCGUGGUGUCGGACCGCGGCGUCCCCCAGCGGAGUUCCAGCGUCGCCGCGGUCAUCGCCGUCGGCGACGUCAACGACAACCCGCCGGCGUUCAGCCGGGCGGAGUACAGCGUGUCCCUGAGCGAGGGAGCAGCGGCCGGGACCGAGAUCCUACGACUCACAGCCACAGACCCUGACUCGGCCCCCAACGCCGAGGUCCAGUACUCCAUCAGCUCCGGGGACGAGCUGCACCUGUUCACCGUGGACCAGUGGAGCGGAGCGCUCCGCCUUCAGAGGGCCCUCGACCGCGAGCACCGGCCCUCUCAUGUGGUCAUCAUCCAGGCCUCGGACGGGCAGGGCCACUUCGCCCUGGCCCCGGUUGCCGUGGAGGUGAAGGACGUGAACGACAACCGGCCCUUCUUCCCCGUGGAGAUCCUGACGGCCAGCAUCAAGGAGAACCAGCCGGUGAACACGGCCGUGACGGUCCUCCACGCCAUCGACCACGACACCGGGGUGUUCGGCCAGCUGAGGUACUCCCUGCUGGAGCGCUCUGGGCCGGGGAAGGAGGCCUUCGCCGUGGACCGCAACUCCGGCGAGGUCCGAGCCAGGGCGAGCUUUGACUUCGAGAAGGUCAACUCCUUUAACUUUGUGGCGCUGGCGACGGACGCCGGCAACCACUCGGCGACGGUGACGGUGCAGGUGUACGUGACGGGCGAGGACGAGUACGACCCGCUCUUCGCCUCACCCGAGUUCUCGUUCGAGGUGCCCGAGGGGGCGAAGAAGGGCCAGAGCAUCGGGCGGGUGCAGGCGAGCGACGAGGACGGCGGCGUGGACGGCAUCAUCCUCUACUCCCUCGCCGGCCCCUCCCCUUACUUCGACGUCAACAAAACCACAGGGGACGUCCUCCUCAAGGUGGACGGCUCGGGCGGCGGCAGCGCCGGAGGGUCGGGCAGGGCCAAGCGAGAGGCCAGGGUCAUGACCCUGGACGUGUCGGCCCACAGCCCCCUGGAGACGUCGCGGGUCGCCAAAGCCCAGCUGACCAUCGACGUGACCAACACGGGCUUCGGCCUGGCGCCCGAUGUCAACGUCCUGCUGGUCAGCAUCAUCGCCGUGUCGCUGGGGGUGAUCGUGCUGCUGGUGGUCAUGGCCAUCGUGGUGUUCCUGGUCAAGUCCCGCCGGCGGAAGAAGAGCCAGGAGGCGGGGAACCGGACCGUGUCCGGUACCCCCCUCCAGAAACUGGACCAGUCCAAACCCGGCGCGGGGGGGAGCGAGCGCAUCUACCACCAGGCGUUGCCGGGCUACGUGGCCGACCAGGGCGGGGCGGGGGGCGGGCCGUACACCCGCGGCGGCUCCCUGGACCCGUCGCACUCCAGCGGGCGGGGCUCGGCCGAGGCGGCGGAGGACGACGAGAUCCGCAUGAUCAACGAGUACCCCCGCGUGGCCUCCAUCACCUCGUCCAUGCAGGAGCACAUCUCGGCCCGCGGGCCCGACUCCGGCAUCCAGCAGGACGCCGACCAGCUGUCCGACAUCUCCUGCGAGCCGGCCGCCCUCGAGGGCAGCGCCUGGUUCAAGGGGAAGAAGCUCGGCAGCAGCGUGAGCGGGACCCUGCUCUCCGGCCAGCUCCCCGUCUACCGGGACGAGGGCGGCGGCUACCUAGGCGUGGGCCGAGGCCUCAACAUCUCCCACCCGAAGGACUACGCCUUCCCCGAGGACGGCAAGCCCCACGUGGACGGCUCACUCACGGCCAUCGUGGCCAGCGACGAGGAGCUGAGGGGCAGCUACAACUGGGACUACCUCCUCAACUGGUGCCCGCAGUUCCAGCCGCUGGCCAACGUGUUCACCGAGAUCGCCCGUCUCAAGGACGAGACGGCGCAGCAGAACCAGACCCCCCGGCAGCCCUUCCAGCCCAAGGCCAAGACGGACCCCAAGCCCCGCAUCGACCCGCCGCCCCUCAUCACGGCCGUGGCCCACCCGGGCGCCAUGUCCGUGCCCCCCAAGGUGCCCGUCAUCGGACGGACGUUCCCCCACCUGGCCACGCUGCGGAGGUCCCCCAUCAGCCACGAGGGCUCCAUCUCGUCCGCGGCCAUGUCCCCAAGCUUCUCCCCCUCCCUGUCGCCGCUGGCCGCUCGCUCCCCGGCCGUGUCGCCCUUCGGGGUCAACCAGGGCCCGUCGGCGUCCAUGAUCAGCACCCGGGAGCCGUCCUUGGACCAGAGUCCGGAGCACGAGAUGAGGAUCUGAAAAGCGCAGCCACGCCCGCCCCGGGACGUAACCGAGGAUUUUAGGACCCGUUUCCCCGCGUAUGGGGAAACAGAGUGACGUACUAUUGUUUUCCCCCCGGGCGGAGAGAUUUCCACACGUUUUUCUACGAAAGGGGGGUGGGUGGACCGUGGAUGGAUACCUCGCACCCCCGCCCCCCCCGCCCCCCCGCCCCCCCUCCCCCCACACAACCCCCCCAACCCCCCCCCCCCCCCCACCACCACCUCGUCGGUGAGGGUGAUGGUGCCUAGGACAUUUCAAGGGACACUUUCGAUUCGGAGAGGAGAAGCACGUUCACGCCUCGUCCGAGAGGUCGGACAUUGGAUGUCGCUGUGCGACCAGAGACCCCUUCCUCGGUUUGGGGACCCGGGCCUUGUCCCUGCAAGGCUGUGCAGAGGUGGAGCAUGUAUGUGUGUAGAAAAAGGAACAGGGGGGGGGGGGGGUGUGUGUGUGUGUGGGGGGGGGGGGGAAAUGACCUCCCCCCCCACCCCCCUGCUACGCCGUGCCCCGGUAUGACGCAGGGCUCUCUGAGAACUACCACGGGGUGUGUGAAAAGAGCUAUUCUCUCUUAGCUGGACACACACACACGCGCACACACCCUGCAGUCAAGAGUAGCCUCAGUAGUCAAAGUCUAUAGAUAAAUGUGAUGUUUUCAUGUUCCUCGCUGGCUGGCCAGAGAGCUAAAGGUUUCAGUCGGUCCUCCCGCUGUGGACUCUGUGCCACCUCUGUUUAAACUCAUACUAAGGCUGCUGCUUUUCAAAACGGUUCUCAUCACCACAUUUCUAGAUCCCCAUGGACAAAGUGUUUAAAAAAAAAAAGACUCUAAAAUAGCCAAUGAUUGCACAGUGGAAAAGUGGGUUGAGAUCAUUGUUUCUUUUACAGAGGCCACUUUGGAUGUUUGUUUGUAUUUUCGUUGUUAUUUCUUCAUGAUUCUAUAUUGUUUAAUGAUUUAUGACAUGUUAAUGCCUUUAUCUCACGAGGUGAGGUCCGAAUUUCAAUGUAUGUGCAUAUAUGUAUAUUAGUACGUAUGUUAGCGAUGGUAUGCAAGUGGCUUUUGCCGUUUGGUUGUAGGGCCUCUCCUGUGUGUUUUACUGUGCCUGUUCUGAUGUGGGCGAAGAGGACAUUUUCCUGUUUUGCUCAUUAUUUAUAUAGAAAAAAAGGAGGAACUGCUGUCCACAAUGACGGCAGCAAAACAUGUUCAGCUUUCGCUAGCCCAGCGUUUUCUCAAACCUGAGCCUGGAACCAAAACGGCUUCCAGUUGGUUGCAUAUUGACUUAAUACAAAAGAAAUGCUAUUUAGCGUGUUCUUUUUUUUUUUUUUACACGCAUAUGAAUCAAAAUCACGGCACAGAAGGCUCAGACCAGCUGCCUCUGUGGCACAGUUUCGGAGUAUGCGCUCUCUCUGUGUCUGGUUGGCCAAAGAGAGCGUUAGCUUAAUCAGGCGGUACUGUAGUUAGUCAUGGCCAUGUUCCCGAGAGGGAAAAGAGGAAAGCAUGCCUUACCGCUUCCUGGCACCGAACGUUUGCGAAACGCUAGACUAGGCUGGAUUGUUUUGGUAAAACUUUUGUCAAAUGGUAGAUCUUCCAAAAUCCACCCCCCCCCCCCCCCGCCCCCCUAAAUGAUGUGGAAAUGGUCCGGUUCGACCGCAAAAAAAGCAGCAGUCCCUGCCUGUCCAGUGUUUUCUUAAUCCUGUCCCCAAAAGUUGAACUGUCCUAAACAACUGGGUCCCUCUGGAGUUCAGGGAGAUGUCAAUGUAUAGAUCACCUCUGUGUCUUUCAAUGAAGUGCUUCCGGGCUACCUGAAAAAGUCCACGUCCUCAUCUCCAUCAUCGUCGUCAUCCUCUGCCUUGUGAAAGCUCACUUAGAUUCCUUUCAUUAAAGUCGCAGUCCAACCAGAAUAGCACAAAAACACAAUUGUCGAAUGACUACAUCAUUGUUCUGUUUUGGGUUCGUUUGACAGCAUUUAACAUAUGUUUAGGUCUCUCGCUCUCUUUCUGUCUCUCGUACGGCGGUUAAAAGCCGUGUCCGGGGAUCCGUGUGUUUAUCCCAUCGACAUUGUCCUCUCUGUGCUCCCAUUGUUCGGGUCUGGUCCUGGACAUCUGCUCCAGUAGCGAACGAGAGACGUUCAAGCUUUAAACCAGCCCUGUCUUCUCCCAGGAUGCACUCUCCUUUUGAUUUCCCAUGGUCCUGCUCACUUUGUGGAUCUACAGAGGUGAUCGCUGUGUUUUGGACGUCUUCAGUGGAAGGUUGGACUCGGACGUCUGCUGCUUACCGGGUGCGACGGGACAGGGGACCAACCGUCACCCCGUGCCAAGGUGGCCCUGCUUCUGCUCGAGUGACUACAAACUAAACCCCCCGUACUGUAACCUCCCGUUCAGAACCGACUGGCCGUGAAGCGAUCUGGUCGACGACGUCACGCCCAGGGGGUUGGAAAGCCUCCGUUUUGGGGUCCGCUCUGAGACUUGUGCCAGUACCUCGAGGCAGAACCGCGGGCAGAAAACCCACUGUACAUAUAUUUAAAAAGCAAAUAAAUUCCUACUGAUCUCUUUUGACAAA